UUAGCUCAUUUGCUAUCAUAUGCAGAUGAUUUCGGGUGAUUUGCAAAUGGUAAAAUAAUCUUGAUCAUUCAACUCGAUUAUUCGGAAUUAUUUUGUCAGUGUUAUCAGUGAUACGUGAUACAACAUAUUCGUCAUGGGAAGCACGGAUACCACAACGAAGCUGCUGAAUGAUAACUACGAGAUAGAAGAGUAUGGUACAAAUCUGAAGAUUCUGCCAUGCAACAACCAGGUGAAAGAGUUGCAAACCAUUUUGCGAGAUAAGAAUACCACAAGGAGUGAUUUCAAGUUUUAUGCUGAUCGUUUGAUCAGGUUAGUUAUUGAAGAGAGUUUGAAUCAAUUACCUUUUACAAAAUGUAUAGUAACAACUCCAACUGGUGCCAAAUACAAAGGUUUAAAGUAUCAGAAAGGAAAUUGUGGUGUAUCUAUAGUAAGAAGUGGAGAGGCUAUGGAACAGGGUCUCAGAGAUUGUUGUCGUAGUAUCAGAAUUGGUAAGAUAUUAGUAGAAAGUGAUGCAGACACGCAUGAAGCUAAAGUAGUUUAUGCAAAAUUUCCUGAUGAUAUAUCUGAGAGAAAAGUCUUGUUAAUGUAUCCAAUAAUGAGUACAGGAAAUACUGUUAUAAAAGCCAUAGCUGUGCUGAAAGAACACAAUGUGCUUGAAGAAAAUAUUAUUUUAUCAAAUCUGUUUUGUACACCAAUUGCAGCCAAAUCUCUAGUCACUGCCUUUCCUAAGAUGAAGAUUUUAACGUCAGAGAUCCAUACUGUUGCGCCAAAUCAUUUUGGACAAAAAUACUUUGGCUGUGCUCGUGUCAUAUUGGAGAUACCAAAUGUACAAGCGAAAGAUAGUUGAGGAAUUACAUAGUAUUUAUAUCGUUAAAUCUCACACAAUUGAAUUGAUCAAAUUUAGUCAACCUAAAUAAAAGUAUAUGUUAUAACAAUUUGUAGAUCACAUUACAUUGACAACUGUAACGUUUGGGAAAAUGUAAAAGAAAUAUUUUUAGAUAUUAUAUGCCAGGAAAAGAUAUACACAAAUUGUAAUUAUCUGUGUAAUGUGUGUGUUAUCACAAUUAUGUACAUAUUUCAAUAAUUGACAAUAGCCACAUACCUAUUGAAUUCAGUUAUAAAUCAAACUGAAUAUCAUUCGAGUAAUUAUAACAAAAUUACAGCAAAAAAUAUAAGUACCAACAUUGCCACUACGUAAAUAAAUUUUUGAUUCCCAUAAUCUAAAUUGUCAAAAUACUAUAUUUAAUAAAUAUAUCGCAUCCGAUAUCAAAAUUUGUGUUUACUGGGAUUGUAAUCAUUUACAAACUUACUGUUAUUAUUCGUUCAUUAUUUAAAUAAGUAAAUAAUUAUGAUAACACACACUUGCAAAAUUACAAUUAUUUUAUAUAUAUUUUUGUACUACUUUUGAAAGAAACAGUUUUUAUUCAUUUGAUUAUCAUAUCUAUGCUGUAUGAUGUAUUUACCUUUUUGAGCAAUGAAGUAGAAUUACUCAAUUUCCCCAAAACAUCUAUUAACACCAUUUAUAUAUAAGUCUUGUGUAAUAUUUAUUAUUUUGUGAUAAUUAGAAAUAUAUAUCUGAGAUUU